AUCAGAAAAAUGGCGGACGAAGACGAAAUUGACGUACUUGGAGACUUUUCUUUUAAUUCUUGUUUCGCACAAAACAGUCAAGGAAUACCCUCUUGUUCAGACAGGGAAGACACAGUGCACCCUCAGUGGCUGCUCGAUUUACCAGCGACCAAUUGGUAUGAUACACAGAAUAUAGAUAAAAAUAGGCUUACGGAAGGGCCGUCAAGAAAACUUUCUGGACAUAAUACAACAGCUAAGUACAACACAGAGCAACGUACCACAUGGACUCAAAUAGAACGAGAUUUGCUUAAGACAGAAAUGAUAAAAUAUGGUAGAAAUGCCCAUAAAAUUGCAAAAACAAUAAAAACCAAGACAGAAGCAGAAAUACAGGCAUUAAUUGAAGCAGAACAUGGAAUUCAUCUCGAUACACAAGAUCUUCAGAAAACCGAAGAAGAAAUACCUCCCGUUGUUCACGAAGAAAUUGUUUCAGAGAGUCUUGUUAGCAUGAAUGAUGUCUUGACUAUAGUCUCAACUGGAGUUCCAACAAUACCAGUGACAAAAAAACCAUUCAAGAAAAAGAAAUGCAAUCAAAAUGUGAAAAAUAGUUUAUCAAAACCAAAAAUUAAUUUAAACAUAAAUUCAAUUAAUUCCGGAGAAUUGUAUUAUGAAGAUGAUCUUGUCGUUGGUUCUACGGAAUCUGUAGGCUCUGAGUCAAAUGUAACUCAGGCGUUAACAAAAAAAACCUUUAAGCAAAAAAAAGAAAAAGUUACAGCUAUGAAAAAGAUUGGCAAUCAUAGAAGAAAAGUAUCCAGGAAUUACGAAAAGGGAAGAAUUAGGAACAACAGCAAUGAUAAUUUAAAAUCCCCUCAAGGUAGACAAAGAAAGGAUUCCAGCCUUUCUAAUGAUAGUGUGAAAAGUCCUCAAAUGCAAAUAGUUCUCGGCUCAGGACAAGCAUUACCCGUCUCGGAGGGAGAGGAAGUUAUAAAAAUUGAAAAGAAGGAUUCAGAGUGUGAAAGUGACAUAGAAGUGGACAUUGAUAGUGACAAAGACAGUUCACCAGUAAAGUUAGAAGUGAAGAGACAAGAGAAGGAGAAAGAGGCCGAUGGACCAAUAGCAGUUCCAUUGAGAAAAUUCGAACCGAUGCCUAAAAGAAACCGAAAGAUUAACCUGGACGGAGGAGGCGGAUACACAAUAAUGCACACGGAAUCCGGCGAUCUUUACGAAAUAGGCCAGGAGCCACGUAAAGAGCGACAACAGAAGAAGCCCGCGAUAAAUCUGAUUCCAUGCCGCUUUUACAAUGCAGAGAAACCGGCGCCGUGCGAGGUGGGGCUGCACGUGUCGGCGCUGCUGCACAUGGACGCGCACGCGCACGCGUCGCGCGGCGAGGUCAUGGGGCUGCUGGGCGGGCGCUGGGCGGCGCCGCGCCUGCGCCUGCGCCUGUACCGCCGCGUGCGCGCCGUGGCCGCGCCCACGCACUGCGACAUGGAGCCCGUGUCGCAGGCGCGCGCGGCGGGCUGGCUGCGCGCGCGCGGCGCCGCCGUGUGCGCGUGGCACCACUCGCACCCGCGCUUCCCCGCCGCGCCCUCCGCGCAGGACCUGCGCACGCAGCACGCGCUGCAGGCCGCGCUGCGCUGGCCGCUGCCCUUCCUGGCGCUCGUCACGUCGCAGCACUGGCCGCCCGGCCGCCGCGCCUCCACGCUCCGAUGUUUCCGUGUGGAGGAGUACGACGAGGCGGCGGACUUGCCGGUCGGCUACCAGCUGAGCGUGAAGAUCUUGCCCGACCUCACGGCGGCCUCGUUGUCGGAGUUCCUGCGGGAGUUGCGCGACCUGCUGUGCAACUUCAGUGAUCGCGACCACCUGAGUGUCGAUAUGGUGAAGGACGUCUGCCCGGAAGCCGGUCUCACAUAUUUGGAGAAGUGCAUAUCCAGUAUUCGUCAUCACAUGCACUCGGCGGGAUACGACGACGACGAUCCUCUGAUAGAACAGUUGAUACAGGGAGUACGAGACAUAUUCAGAUAGAGAACUAUUUCAAGACCGUAGAGAAAUUGAGCUCAAUGAGUUUCCGUUUUAAAACGGCAAUCACCUUAAGAUCGUAUGGUGCUGAUUGUGCGAGAGACAAGUGCCUCGUUGAAGGACAUGAACUCUGUAUAAACUAAAAAUAAUUACUAAAUAUUAUUUUAAUAUGGAUAUAGUUUAGAUCUUUGCUUAAAAUAUGCAUAUUAAGAAGAAAUCGAAUGUCGAAUAUAAUGAAUUUUAUAUAUGUCUAGUGCUCAUAAUAUGUACCUGUUUAAGUUAUUAAGAAUUAAAAUGUCGAUGUAUCUUUUGUAUAUCGUCACCCUGCCAUGAAAACAGUAACACGAAUUCACAGAAGACAUAUCUUCAUAAUAUAUUUUAUAUAUAUUCGUAUAGUUACGCGAGCCUGAUCAGAUGGUGCAUAGCUCUUCAAAUCAGACGUAUGCGAAAAAUGAUGUCACAAAUAAUUGGUUAUUGAAUUUGUUAUACGAUUAAGAACACGCGUUUAAUGAGCGAUCGUGAACUAUUUAAAUGAAUUAAUAAUAUUGGCGGAAUUGCUCGGUAGCAAUUACUCAAUGUGUGAGUUACACCGUGCAAUGACGUCACUUACGGACGUCUCCCUAGCUUUUAUCUGCAGUAGAUGACUUUCCAUCUCAGUGAACAUUCUUUUUGUAGAUGCCUUACGAAAAUUCCCACCCAAUUAGUAAAUAAUAGCAAGAACUUUCUAAUGCAGGUCGAUGGUAUUCAUAUUAAUUGCUUUAAAAUAUCAUUUAAGUAACAAAAUAUAUUGAUAGUUUUUUUAUUUAUUAUUUCGUGUAAAAGUAUUUAAAUGUAAGUACCUUAAAAAUGUUUAUUACUGUACUGAUUGUAGCCAAUAGUUAUUAUCAUAUAAUUGUCAUUGUUUGAUUAAAGAUUUGUCGAAAUUUGA